CUGCACUGUCACACAGCCCAUUUCCCCCUUUAUCUCCAGCAACCGUGCUCAGGAGGGAUUUUACAUUUCAGCCGCUCCGUCUAGUUUUCAGCUCGAAUUGGACACUGGAACUAACUGAAGCAAGGUAACCUAACAGUUGACCUUACAAGAUUCGGAGAAGAGGAUUUGGGAGUACCAGAUUUCCAAAAUGCCUGUGGCAUCAGCCAACUCAGAGUCUGCCAUGCAGCAGGUUCUGGACACUCUGAGUGACAGCACCAGCUCCACCAUCGCCAAUGACCUGGACCUCAUCUUCCUCAAGGGCAUCAUGGAGAGCCCCGUGUUCCCGUCUCCCUGCUACCCUCAGGCCCAUGAGAACCUGGAGGAGUCCAGGCUGGAGGCGGUGAGUGACAACAACAUGGAGCUGGUGCAGGACAUCCUGAAGGAGCUCACUCCCCUCACACACAGGAACAAGGCUGCAGACGAACUGGCACGCAUACUGAAGGAGCCACACUUCCAGUCUCUCCUGGAAACCCAUGAUUCGGUGGCAUCCAAGACCUUUGAGACUCCUCCUCCCAGCCCUUGUUCCUUCAUGGACGCUGCCUUCAACACCCAGCCUGUUGCCCCAGACGCAGUCAGGAUGGUGGGCAUCCGCAAGGUGUCUGGAGAGCACCUGGGUGUGACGUUUCGGGUAGAGAGCGGAGAGCUGGUGAUCGCCCGCAUCCUCCACGGCGGGAUGAUCGACCAGCAGGGCCUCCUCCACGUUGGUGACAUUAUCAAGGAGGUGAACGCGAAAGAGGUGGGCAAUGACCCCAAGGUGCUCCAGCAGAUGCUGAAAGAGGCCAGCGGCAGUGUGGUGCUCAAGAUCCUCCCCAGCUACCAGGAGCCUCACACCCCACGCCAGGCGUAUGUGAAGUGUCACUUUGACUACGACCCGUCCCAUGACAACCUCAUCCCCUGUAAGGAGGCAGGCCUGGGCUUCAGCAGUGGAGACAUCCUGCAGCUUUUCAACCAGGAGGACCUCAACUGGUGGCAGGCAUGUCACCUAGUGGGGGGCAGUGCAGGCCUCAUCCCUAGCCAGCUACUGGAGGAGAAGAGGAAGGCUUUUGUCAAGAGAGAUCUGGAGCUGGUUACUACAGGUCCUCUUUGUUCUGGAAUGGGUGGGAAGAAGAAAAAAAAGAUGAUGUAUCUGACAACCAAAAAUGCAGAGUUUGAUCGGCACGAGCUGAGGAUCUACGAGGAGGUUGCCAAGGUUUCCCCGUUUCGCCGGAAGACGUUGGUUCUGAUUGGAGCACAGGGAGUAGGCCGCCGUAGUCUAAAAAACAAACUGUUGGUGUCAGACCCCCUGCGCUACGGGACCACCAUCCCCUUUACUUCGAGGAAACCCAAGGUGGAUGAGAAAGAUGGACAGAUGUAUUCGUUCAUGACUCGCACUGAGAUGGAUACGGACAUUAAGAACGGACGCUUCCUGGAGCACGGCGAGUACGACGGGAACCUCUACGGCACCAAGAUCAACUCCAUCCAUGAGGUGGUGGAUGCUGGAAAGAUCUGCAUCCUGGAUGUCAACCCACAGGCACUUAAGGUUCUGCGUACAUCUGAGUUCCUUCCCUACGUGGUGUUUAUUGAGGCUCCAGAUUAUGAGGUCCUCAAAGCCAUGAAUAAGUCUGCCAAAGAAGCCGGAGUGGUGACGAAGCAGUUAACGGACUCUGAGCUGAAGAGGACAUUGGAUGAGAGCGAGAAGAUCCAGCGUGCCUACGGACAUUUCUUUGACCUGAAAAUCAUCAAUGACAGCCUAGAGGGGGCCUUCUGCGGCCUGAAGACGGCACUGGAGAGACUGAGCUCAGAGCAGCAGUGGGUUCCUGUCAGCUGGGUCUUCUAAAGGCCAAUCAAUCAGAGGUCAGGGCUAGAGGUCAGGAGGUCAGAAUAGGGGUCAAAGGUCUGAGGAGUUGGCAGGCAGAGUGGGACCAAUUAGGAGAGAGUAAAUUGUAAAAGAGGUGAGUUUCCCUCAGCAGCGUGUAACGCUAUACGAUGUGCAAGUUACGUCAAUUUUAGUUCUGUUUCCCUUGUUUUGUAGGCUAAAAAUGAGCCUCAAAUUUGCAUCGUCCAAGUCAUGAAAACGUGGUCAUUUAAGAUAUAUGUGAAAUUGUAUACUCUAGCAUAUGAUGGAUUUCAAUGUAUUUGAUGGCCAAGAAGAAGCAUGAAGCCGAAAAGUGAAAUCCGUUUCAUUAGAACUACAAAUCUUUCGGCAGCUCGCCAGGUCUACAAUUAUUAUUUUUUUUGCAUUAAAAAAAAAGUACCGGCUGGCAAUGUUCAUUAACAAAAACCGCGUAAUCUAAUAUACAACACAUCAAACAGCCUGUAAGUAACGAGUUCUUCCUGUGAGAGUUAGCUACUGCGUGAUCUACAAUGUCACCCCACAUCCGGAAGAUGGAUAAAAAGAGGAUAAAAAUGUGUUUCAAACACUUAUUUGAUAGUGAGGGACACAUUCAACCCGACAUAUCAUACUGUCCUUGACAUUAUGGAUCUGCAUUUGUUGAUGGGAAAUGUUUUUUUUUUGUUAGUGAAACCCGAAUAGUUUACGUUUGUUUGAUGAAGGGAUCCAGGCUACAGUUCUUUCCACAACUUGGCAUCAAUAAAGAGUAAAAGUUCAAAUGUUUCAUGUAAAUCUUAAUAGAAAUGCCUAUUAGCAGGACCAAACGAGUAAGUUCUCGGCUAGAGCAUGCAUGCUCCGGCAUGCUGUCAAAGCAGCAGGAGACGAAGUUCAAAAGGAGACUUUCCUACCUUUCUGCCAUGUGUCUUACUUCUUGAGCGUCAAAUAUUUUUAGCGAAGGCAUUGAUAUGACUAAAUCACGAAUAUGAAUAUGAUAUGUCAUAAAUAUCUUAAAUCACAUUGUUUUCCUCAAUUUGAUUAUAAAAGUCUUCAUUACCAUUCAAAAGAUCUGGGCCCGGUUUCCCAAUAGUUUCCCCAAUAGUAACUUAGGCAUACGAGUGUUUUUAACAUUUCUAUCGUUCCUUACAACGGCCGAAUAUGUAACAUGCGUUUCCCAAAACACCACGCAGAGAGAAUGUUUGCUAAAUGCGUCGUUGGAGCGUGUGUCGAUACUGAUAGGGUCGAAAGAAAGGCAGUGCUGCUCUCGGAUCGGCUUUAGAUAUUUCAGGCUGCUUAUUCUAACACGUAUCCAAUAAUAAUGCACACAAUUUGGCACAUCAUUGCACAUGUUGCGACACAUAAUGACAAAUAGUGAGGCCAAAUUUACAAAGAGUAGCUGAACCUAAAAUAGAACUGAUUGAACAUAAAAUGUAUUUCAAUAUGAUUGAAAUACUGUACAUAGGUGUUAGGGUCGUCGUCGUGGAAAUGACCGGACCAAGGUGGAGCCUGGUGGGCGUACAUUUUCCUUUAUUUAAUAUAAAUGUCGCCAACAAAACAAGAAACAAAGAAACGACCGUGAAGCUUCCUAGGGCUAUAGUGCCACUAACAAAGUCAACUACCCACAAAAUACAAAGGAAAAAAGGCUGCCUAAGUAUGAUUCCCAAUCAGAGACAGCGAUAGACAGCUGUCCCUGAUUGAGAAACAUACCCGGCCAAAACGUGGAAACAGAAAAUCUAGAAAUAAAGAAACUAGAAUGCCCACCCUAGUCACACCCUGGCCUACCCACAAUAAAGAAUAAAUGCCUCUCUAUGGCCAGGGCGUGACAAUAGGCCCUUGCAGCCUAUAUUAUUUAUAUUUUAAUGCAGUCAUCUUAGUUUUCAUUUGAAGCAUUGUUUGUCAUUUGCUUGGUUGUAACAAUUGCAAAGACAUUGCCAACGUUGUAUUUGUAGUCGACUUCGUUGUGAAAUUAUCGGUGGUCACAGAGAGACAGCUAAACAUCUUAACUCUAUGUUUAGCGGAGAUCUCUGUAUGAGUGGGUGGUUAAGAUAGCGCCGACCAAGGGCGCCUCGCCUCGAGCUCUGAUUAAACAGGCUUCUACUUUUUGUUGUGUAUUUCUACAGUUUUUUUUUUCAAAUUUUCAUAAUCAUUUUACUUCAUGCAUUACUACAUACACCCGGGUAGAACUAUUAGAAUAUGAAUCACUUGGUACUCACCGUCCACCCCGACCUCCCCGAAUCCGUGAGAAAUUGAAACAAUGGACUAGCUUCUUUGGCGAGGUGCCUAGCUGCUUGCGAGGUCUACCUGAGAGUAAGGAAGCAAAGACACGAACGGAGAGUGGGAUCUUAGUGAGAUUAAGACGCUGUGCGCCCCGUCCUACAUUACCGAGCAUAUUACUCGCCAAUGUUCGGUCAUUAAAUGAACAAAAUUGACAAACUCAGAGUGAGGAUCUCCUUCCAGAGGGACAUCCGAUCCUGCAACAUACCUUUCUGAGAUUUGGCUUUCCUCCGACAUCCAAACGGAUUAUAUACAACCAGCGGGCUCUCUCUGGCAAGAGCAAAGGUGUUGGGCUCUGCUUUAUGACCAAUAAAGGACCAAUGGAGGAAAUGUACAUGAACUUGCGAGCUUCUGCUCCCCCUAUUUGGAAUACUUGGUUAUCAAAUGUCGCCCUUUUUAGCUCCCGAGAGAGUUCUCAGUCCGACACCUAAAAGGAUCUCAAAGAUCUUCAUUAGACCCUGAACAAACUGGAGACCUCGUUCCCGGAGGCAACGAUCAUUGUUGCGGUGGACUUUAACAAAAGUAAUUUGAGAGCUGUGCACCCAAAUUAUUACCAACACGACGACUGUCUAUUUUGUGGAAAUUCUACUCCUGACCACUGCUACACACCUUUCGACGUGGUUAUAAGGCCCUCUCCCAUCCUCCUUUCGUUAAAUCCGACCAUGACUCCAUCUUGCUUCUCUCCACCUACAAACAAGAACUCAAGAAGGAAGUUCCGGUGGACAGGUCUGUACAGAGUUGGACCAAUCAGAAUUAACGCUCCAAGACUGUUUUGAUCACAUGGACUGGAAUAUGUUUUGGGUCACCUCUGGAGAUAAAAUCAAUGAAUACGCCGACUCAGUCACCGGAUUCAUACGAAAAUGCAUAGAUGACGUGAUACCAAUAGUGUCUUUCAAAACGUUCCUGAAUUAAAAACGACAGAUUGAUAGCAGCCUUGUAGGAAAACUGAAAGAGAGCGAUGCUGCUUAUAAACAGGGCAAGGUUACCAGGGACAAAUAGUUUGGUUAAACAGUACAAUAAGACCUACUCUGAUCGAUUAAGAUGGCAAAACACAAGUAUAGGGACAAAGUGGAGAGGCAAUUCAGCGGGUCAAACACAAGGCAUGUGUGGCAGGUCACCAAUGCCACCCUACCGGAGGCGCUAAACACCUUUUUCUCACGUUUUGAGCACAAUGACCCUGAGCUGCCCAGGAAAGCCCAUGAUGACAAUGUGGGCUACACACUCAGUCUCCACUGAGGCCGUACUGCAGAUGCCAUUCUGUCAUCAUAAAGUGCUUUGAGAGGCUAGUCAAAGACCAUAUCACCUCCCUCCCCGACACACUCGACCCUCUCUUGUUCGCCUACCACCCUGGCAGAUCCACAAACAACGCAAUCGCCAUUGACACUGCACACUUCCCUUAUCCACCUGGACAAAAGCAAUGCACAAAGCAAUGCACAAACAAUAUGCCAUCAUAUUAUUAUAUGUGAGGAUGCUGUUCAUCGACUACAGCUCGUUCAAUACCAUAGUGCCCUAUAAGCUCAUUACAAAGCUCACGGCCAUGGGUCUGAACUCGUCCAUAUGUACCUGGGUCCUGCACUUCUUGACGGGUCUUCCAUCUCCCCCUGCCACUCCCCCAUGGACAUUUCCUCCCCACACCCCCUCAACGGUUAUUUACCUUACAUGCUUCUGUAUGGACAUUUUCCCCCCCAGCCCCCCAACUGACUUUUACUCUGGCCCCAUCAUUCAUCACUGUUGCAGUUGUUAAUAUAUAUAUUAUAGAUUU